GAGCUACGGGCUGAGAUGGAGGAGGUGCGGGACAGCUACCUGGAGGAGGAGGUGUAUCAGCUCCAAGAGCUGCGGCGGGAGCUGGACCGCUCCAACAAGAACUGCCGCAUCCUGCAGUACCGCCUGCGGAAGGCUGAGCAGAAGAGCCUGCGCGUGGCCCAGACCGGGCAUGUGGACGGAGAGCUGCUCCGUAACCUGGAACAGGACCUGAAGGUGGCCAAAGACGUGUCGGUGCGUUUGCACAAUGAGCUGGAGAGCGUUGAGGACAAGCGCAGCAGGGCCGAGGAUGAGAACGAGCUGCUCAGACAGAAGAUCAUUGAGGUGGAGAUCUCCAAACAGGCACUGCACAAUGAGCUGGAGCGGGCCAAAGAGACUGCAUUGAGAAGGAGAGGAAGUCGUGAAACGUUUAAAGACAAGAAGUCUUUGAGUCAGGAAGACAGUGCAGACCUCAGGUGCCAGCUCCAGUUUGCCAAGGAGGAGUCCACCCUGAUGAGAAAGAAGAUGGCCAAGCUGGGCCGUGAGAAAGAUGAAUUGGAGCAGGAGCUGCAGAAGUACAAGUCAGUUUACGGGGACUUGGACAGUCCUUUGCCCCUGACCGAGUGCUCCGGUGGAGGCCCCCACAGCACACGGGAGGCAGAGCUGCGACUACGCCUCAAACUGGUGGAGGAGGAGGCAAACAUCCUAGGCAGAAAGAUUGUAGAGCUGGAGGUGGAGAACCGUAGCCUGCGGGCUGAAAACGAAGACAUCAGGUGUCAGUAUGAGAGGGAUUGCUUUGGCCGCGAGCCCUUCUCCAGCAUGCCCUCAUCGCCAUAUGGUGGCGAUGCACUUGAGUCAGCCGGUGAGCUGCGGCGCCACCUCCAAUUUGUUGAGGAAGAGGCAGAGCUGUUACGGCGCUCCAUUUCAGAGAUCGAGGACCACAACAAGCAGCUUACCUCUGAGCUCAAUCGCUUCAAGUUUGGCCCCAGCAGCAGCACCAGCUGCCCCGGAUUGACAGGGGAGGAGGUGGGUGAAGGAGUGGCAUUUAAGCCCGGUAAUGUGGGGAGCAGUAAUGGCUCGAGCAGCGGCAUGAUGAUUGAGGAGCUGAAAGCAGCCAGGAUGCAGAUCAAUGAGCUAAGUGGCAAGGUGAUGAAGCUGCAGUAUGAGAACCGCGUCCUCAUGUCCAACGUUCAGCGCUGCGACCUGGCCGCCCACCUUGGCCUGCGCACUGUCAGCCCCCGAGACAGUGACGCCGACAGUGACGCAGGCCGCCGUGAAGCCACAGAAGAGGAGGAGGCAGGGCGACUCCUCCUCCUUCAGCCCAAGAGGGAGGGGCCUGUUGGGGGCGAGAGUGACUCAGAAGACCUCUUUGAGAAAACAGCGACCACCUCAGGGUUCGGAAGCAUCAAACCGUCAGAUGGCAGUGAGCUCAGUACCACCGAACUAGCCAAUCGGAGGAGAGAAGACCGCGAGUCAUUUAGUAACGUGAAACGUGAGGCGGAAAGGCUGGGGAAGACUGUUGACCGUCUGAUCACAGAUACCAACAGCUUGAUCUUUGAGGGGAGGGUCAUGGUGACUACAGGGGAAACUCUGGAGGGUGGGGCUGCCUCUGGUUCAAAGCCAGACACCCAAGUCCUAGACACCAUCAACACACGAAUGAAGGCUUUCCGUACAGAGCUGCACAUCUUCAUGGAGAAAGUCGACCGCCUGGGGGAGGGGUUUAGAGACAGGGUAGAGGAUCUGUCGCCCAUGCCAAACCUCACUGAGUCCAGCAGCUUCCUGUCCACGGUCACCUCCAUGUCCCGUGACUCACCCAUCGGCACACUGGGAAGGGAUCUGGUGACGGACUUCCAGUCCGGUCAGAGGGAUGAGCUGGAGUGGCGUCUAGGACAGGAGCGAGGCGUGGAGCCCCAGAGCCAGACCCAGGGCGGGGGCCAGGCCCAGAGCAAGGGAACCACGGGACUCGCUAGGUACCACAGGCCCCUGGCUUUAAGAGCAGAGCUCCGGGACACGUCUGGUUCUGAGGUCCAGUUUCGUCUGGAUCAUGAGCGCAGGCUGAGAGCGGCGCAGGAGGACCGGGAGGCCGUGGGUUCUCUACCUCAGGAGGAGGAGUAUUCGCAUGUGGAAACCCGGCGAGGAGGUCUGGAGCUGCACGGCCUGCAGAGCCACGACGGGCCCUGGGCCCAGGAGAGAGCCAUGCUGCAGCAGGAGGUCCGCCUCUUCAGGCACAACACCAUCAUCUUCUACAUGAAGCUCAGGUGGAUCCUCAUGCACUGGAGGGUCGGUCGCAGGGCUGACGGGGGGGAUGAAACGACGUACCUGGAGUUUGACAAGUUGGAGGGCAUCCCGGAGAUGGGAGAGACGUUGGAGCAGGAGGAGGAGACGGAGAGGGAGGGCAAGUUGUGUACACCCCAGACCCCCGGGGCAGUACCAGAUCCGGAUCCUGUGGUGUCCCUGUCAUCCCCCGAACGACAACAGCAUCAACGACAGUUUGGAGAGAACCGUCGGAUGCUGCAGGCCCUGCGGACGCUGCUGGAGGAGUUCCGCGGGGAGCUGAGGGAGGAGGAGGCACGGCGGCGCCAGCUGCAACAGUCCUACGCCAACGACAAAGCCACCUGGGACGUGAAGUGGGCGGAGAUGAAGUGCCAAGUCGCACAGCUGGAGGAAGCACAAAGGGAGGUGAGAGGAGAGGCUCAGGGAGGUGAGGCGAGAACGGGCGGAGAUCCUGAAUGGGCCUUCAAGCAGGAGCGUGAGGAGCACCGGCGUCUCCUGGCGGAGAGUCACGGCACCUCCCUGGACCUGCGCUGGAGACUGCAGCAUGGUGAGAGGAGGUGGAGCCAUGAGCGGGUGGAGCUCCUGGAGCGCUUCGACCGGGAGAGGCAGGAGUGGGACGGCAGCAUGAGAGAGCUCCACCGCAAGAUGGAGAAGAUGCAGAGGGAGCUAAAUGCCCGGAGAGGCGAGGGCGCCGAAGUCAAGGACGGCGGGCUGGGCCACAGGGGGGUACUCUCGCCUCAGGACAGCCCCUGCAGUGCCCCCCGCUCCCCCCGGUCUCCCCACCCGCCAUGUACGUCGGUCCCCACCGUGCGUCCCUGCUCCGACUCAGACGCGGUGCUGGAGGAGCAGGGGGCCGCGGUGAGGCUGAAAGGCCCCAUGGAGAGCCUCUUCCUGGAUGCUCUGUCUCUGGACCCGCUUAGUGGCCUGGAAGUCCCUCCCCCCUCCCGACUGGUGACCGAGAAGAGGUUCCCCUGCAUGAAGGAGGCCCUGAAUGAGAUACCCGAGAGAGAAGGCUCUCCUGCAUACCCAGAGGAGGAGAUGAGCAGCGGGAGUUUGCUCAGGGCCAAGUCAGUGUGCUCCAUGAGUGACUUCCAACGCUUGAUGGACAGCUCGCCGUUCCUCCCGGACAAGACUCGCCAUGGCGACUGUGGGAGGGACGAUGUCACUCCCCCUCUUUCCCCAGAUGACCUCAAGUACAUCGAGGAGUUCAACAACAAGGGCUGGGACUUCCCCUCUUCCGUCUCUGGCCCAGGCACCACCCUGGAGGCAUGGCCAGACAGACCCGCAAAUGCCAGAGGCGGGGAGCCCGCACCGGAUCCAUUCCAUCCAACCUCCUGGUUCCUCACCACCAGCGCCACCCUGACCACCAGCACCUUGAGUAGCCCCGAGCACUGCCACAAAUCCCCACUGAGGGGCAAUGGUGCAGGAGCAGCAGGGGUGGGAGUGGAGCACUACGGGAUGCACAACCCCACCAGACACGGGGCGGCCGAACACCCAACUGCCUCAGAGCCGGACUUCCUGUACGCCAAAGAGACCAAAUCCAGGGGCGGAGGAGGGGGAGAGGCGGGAGUGGGGGCGAGUGGGCCAGAUGAGAUGUUCAGCGGUGGGAGGUGGCCUUGCGGCCUCCUAGAGGGUGGGGGGCUGCUGACUCCUCCUAGCCAGUCUCCCGUCUGCCCCACGGUGGGUUAUGCCACCUCCCUGGACCUGCAGCUCUCCAGGAACUUGAGCGACGACAUGAAGGAAGUGGCUUUCUCCGUCAGGAAUGCUAUCCGCUCUUCGCCAGGCCCUGCGGUCCGGGACACUGCCUGCCAGACCAACGGUUUCACCACACGAGGCACUCAGACCACACAGACUAUCAGCGUGGGUCUGCAGACCGACGUGCUAAGGAACUUGACCAGCAGCCCCCACCGCUGCCUCACCCCUAAAGGUGGUGGUUCCACCCCCAUCUCCUCCCCUUCGCGCAGCCUGAGGAAAAUCCAGUACUCCCCUGUUGUCCAGAGCAAGUUUGAGCGGCCCUGCUGCUCACCUAAAUAUGGCUCGCCCAAGCUCCAGCGCAAGCUGUCCACCUCCAGCAAGGCAGAACUACCCAGCACCAGCCGGGCGCCCACCCCAACCACACCCCAGAAGGGCAACAACGAGUCGGCGUGGGCUCGCUCCACCACCACACGAGACAGCCCGGUCCACACCACCAUCAACGACGGUCUUUCCAGCCUUUUUAACAUCAUCGACCACACCCCCGUGAGCUACGACCCAACGCAGAAGUUCAACAAGUCUCCCAGCCGCUCUCGGCCCACCCCGCACCCAAACAACAACAGCAACGGCACCGCCACUGAUCCCGCUGCAGACCCAAAGUCAGCGUGCGUCGUACAGGAGUACUUGAGGACUGCUCGCGGCCGUUCCCCCAGCCCUGUGCAGCUAAUAGUGGAAACCCAGGGGGACAAGACCCCGGAGGUGGUGAGCAUAAGACAGGACUUGUCGGCUCCUCCGGGCUACACGCUGGCCGAGAACGCAGCCCGAAUCCUCAACAAGAAGCUACUGGAGCAGAGCUUCAGAGAAGAGAGGAGACUGCAGACAGUGGGGCAGGGCGGACACAGCAGGGAAGUCUCCAGGCAAACCGAGUCAGAAAGGGGGCAGUCGGGAUGCAUGGAGGACCUGCCGCGGUCUCCGGUGGCCCCGCCCCUCGACUCCUGCUUCCUAAGACCAGCGCGCCCCGCCAACCGCCGCCCCCCAUCCCGCUGGGCCGCCCACUCCCCCUCCUCCUCCCCCAAGUGGAGCCAGGGCUCCAGACGGUGGUUCACGUUCCCGCCACCGGGACACAGCGAAACUUUACAGGAGGCCAAGGAGCCGGGGCAGGAGCUCCCCCCGCCAUGA